AUGGGUCUUAAGAAGAAGAAUCGAGAGCUGCUCCCUUCCUGCAACCUAGCCAUCCCACAACCUAAAUAUUCCCCCUAUACUGCCAAAAGCGUCGCGUUGACAUUGCGGGAUUCGACUGUACUUUACAUCCCCGGUUAUCUAUCGGGGAAAUGCCCGAAGCUAUCCUCUCAAUGUCAAUGCUCAACACCGCUAGAUAUCCAUCCCGAUGUAGGCCAUAUCUUGGUCCAUUACCUUGUAACCGAUACCUACCAAUAUCUCGACACCCAAGAAAAAUCGGCAUCCAUUGAGAGACGGAUGGACGAGUUCACGACAAGCGUCCAUGUUUACAACGCUGCCAAGACAUACGAACUGCCGUCGCUAGAGGAGCUUGCCCAAGCUGAAAUGGAAAAGCUUGGGAGCGGACUGUCUGCACCUUGCGUGUUCGGUCUGGUACAUAAGGAAUACCCGAAACCAAGUACCAACGAUGCCUGGCUCAACAACUACCUCAAGACCAAGCUGUCGUCUUUCCUAAAGGAGCCAGCCUCUCCCCCCGGCGUAUUCCUCCCUGGCGAGGAAUGCGAGAGCAUCACAGUUAGCGACAUACUAUUCAAGCACCUGCGCGAGCUGGUGGGCGAAGGCCUCCUUGUGACUCGCGAGCUGCCCAAAGCCGAGCCUACGCCGGAACCCCCCGUCCUCGGAGUGGAGGUUCCCAAGUCGACAUCGGGGUCUGACGUAAUGGCCCUCACGCCGUCGGAGGAGUCGGAACCAGAGCCGCCUACAGACGCAUCUAAAGUUGUAGACGACGAGUACCCCACACCGACUAAGACUGAGGAGCCGGCCCUCUGCGUGCCCGCGAAGAAAUCUAGCUCUUCGCGAAAGGGGACUCGACUUCACAACAAAAAGGCGAAAAGGCGCGAUUAUACGGAAGCUUCGUGGAUGGUACGCGAUCAACCCGAGUCCAAUAGGGAUAUUCAGCACCCAACUGACUUUGUUUUGAAGCCUCCAUUCGGAUAUGACAGCGAAUAUUUUGUCGGAUCCCUAGCCGCCGCCAUUCGGCAGGAUAACGAUUCAGGGACGGGCUGA